AUGAACCGAGAGAUGCCUUACCUGGACAGUUUCAUGAAAGAGACUUCUCGUCUAAGUCCAGGCCCGAUCGGUAAGCCAACCCUCAGUUCCUCCAUCUCCAGUAUGGCUGUAGAAAAAAACCAUUAUCUAACCUCUACAACAGUAAGUGCACCUCGUACAGUCAUGGUACCGUACACGAUGGAGGAUGGUUGCCACAUCCCAGCCGGAAAUUGGAUUGCCAUACCCCAGCUUGCCCUCAUGCGUGACGAGAAAAUCUGGCCCAAUGGUAAGGAAUUCGAGGGAUUCCGUUUUGUCGACGAGCAAGGCGAUGCGUCAGAGUCACGGUUCACUCAUCCAAGUCACGAGUUCCCCUUCUGGGGUUCAAUAAAGCAUGCAUGCCCUGCACGCUUCUAUGUCUCCGUUGUCAUCAAAAUGGUCCUGUCACAUCUUCUUCUAGACUACGAAUUCAAACUCGAAAACCCAACAGCGGCCCCGUUCCUGACCUUUGGCAAGGUCAGAGUGCCUAGUCCCUUUAUGACGCUGCUGGUCAGGAAGCGCUCCACUGGCUCGAGGGUGUAA